CACCCCCCGCCACUCAACACCCUUAUCAAAAUGUGGUCCUGGUUCGGCGGAUCCGCCGCCCAGAAGCGGAAAGAUGCGCCCAAGAACGCGAUCCUCAUGCUCCGCGAACAGCUGGACAUGCUGCAGAAGCGCGAAAAGCACCUGGAGAACCUGAUGGAGGAGCAGGAUGCAAUUGCCCGGAAGAACGUGACGACGAAUAAGACCGCGGCCAAGAACGCCCUGCGACGGAAGAAGGUCCACGAGAAGAACCUCGAACAGACGACGGCGCAGAUCGUCCAGUUGGAGCAGCAGAUAUACUCGAUCGAGGCGGCGAAUAUCAACCAGGAGACUUUGAAGGCGAUGGAGGCGGCUGGUGCGGCGAUGGCGAAGAUUCACGGCUCGAUGACCAUCGAUACGGUCGAUAAGACGAUGGAGGUACUCCGCGAACAGCACCAGCUCAGCACGGAAGUGGCAGAGGCCAUUACAAGCACCAACCUGGUCGAUCAACCGGACGACGAGGAUCUGGAGGCGGAGCUCGAGGGGCUGGAACAGGAGGCCAUGGACGAGCGCAUGCUCAACACAGGCACCGUGCCUGUCGCGGAUCAACUCAACCGGUUACCUCCUGCGGCGAACGGAGAAAUCAAAUCCAAACCCCAAGUCGAAGAAGAAGACGAGGAAGCCGAGCUGGAAAAGCUCCGUGCCGAAAUGGCCAUGGGAUAACCGCUCCAUCCAACCACAACUGCCUUUCCCCUUUCCCUCUUCUUCUUCUUCUUCUUCAUC